UGAUCAGCUCAUGCUGGUCAGACUCUUCUGCAAUAAUCCAAAUUAUUCUACGAAUAGAAAAGCUCGACGUUGUACUCUUGUGACAUCCACCUAACUUUGCAAAAACUUCUAGGGAGAGAAGAUAAAACUUGCAUAUGCCUUUUGUAAAUAAGAUCAGAUAUUCACCUGAUUAAUAGAGUUAAAUCAGUUUAGGAUUUGUCCCACAUUCACAUUAUUAUGGACUAAAUGAGUCAAAUCACAUAUGGGUAAUGGCUCAAAUUUAAAUAUCAUACAUGAUAUUCAAUCGGAAUAUAGUAAAUGAAUCUGGUCUAAUUGAUUUCGGCUUCAAUAAAAAAUCUAAUAUAGUCUAAAAAAUAACACCUUUGAAGGCAUUAAUCCAGCUUAAUGGCUACUUCAUUUGAUUUAUUUUCCAUUCAUUUUGUUUCAUCUUCUUUUGUUUAUUCUACAUGUAGACAUUAUUUAAUAUGAUCUUCGUUUGGAUCCUCGGACCUACCUCUCUACCUCUCUUAGAAAAGGAAAGAUUUAGAUGCCAUAAUUAAUUAUGGAAGAGACAAACUAGCAAUAAGCAAUUAAAAAAAAUAUCAAUGACAUAAUACUUUCUUUUACAAAUUUUGAUGAUGGCUAAAAUUUUCAAGUCCUAAGUAGUUAGUACUUCACCAUCCUAUCAAGAAAAAUAGUCAUGGAGCUAUUUCAACAAAGAAGCAGUCCGUUUCAAGGUUGCUAACAAUUUAAUAUCGAUUCAUACUAUACCGCUAAUUAGUAGUGGUAUAUUAUAAACCAAACGAGGCUAGUUUGGGAAGAUUCUGUUGAAACUUUCAUUACGGGAACGGAGCAGCCACCAAAAUCUAUCAUUUCCUCUGUCCUACUAGAAACUUCAACGUGUACGGAAACAGGGAAGAAAAUAGAAGGAAAUAAGAGAGAGAGAGUAUAUGUGUGUGUGUAUGUAUGUGCGCGCCUGGAACGACGGUGGCGAUUCCUCGAACUUUUCCAUAAUCUGAAUGAUUCCCACGAUGAACGAUUUCAACCUUUUAUUCAUAUUGAUCUUCCCAACACGUCCCUUCUCCUCUCCUCUCCCGCGCUUCUUUAGCGGCGGCGGCGGCGUAGCGCCAUGACGCACUACUUUCUGCAGGCCGGUGAAGCACCUUUUACGUUCUUGACCCAUCCUUCGGCGUCUCGAUCGUAGAAGAGUGGCGGAAGAGGUCUAACGAUCCGAGUCUUCUGUCUGCUACAGUGCGGGAAGGACGCAUACAUUUGAUCUUUGUUCGUGCAUUCUCGCUUUGAGGAAUUGUUCUUUGAGUUUUGCCUUCUUUCAAGUUAUUUCUUGGUAAAUAUUGUUUGAUUUUGACCGAUCGGAUGAGAAAAGAAACUACUUUGUUCCAAGCCUUUGGAUUUGCUGUUCUCCAUUUUAUUCUGUAUAUUUGGUAUAACAUAUGGUUGGCUUUUGUUCGAAGCUCUAACUUAGAAUCCAUAUCAAUUGGUUUCAGAGUCGAGACCCACGGGACGACCACAUUGAGGUUAUCAUUUCUCGAGAGACCUUAAUAAACAAGAGAAAAAAAAGAAGAAGUUUGGCUCAACGGGACUAUAUUUGGAGUUUGGCGUGGUGGUAUGGAAAGUUCUCAGUUUUUCCUUCAUGAGGAUAACUAAAUCAGUUCACCUUCGACAACUUGGGGACUUGCAGAGAGGGCGUGGCCCAGAAAUCGGAAAUUAUGUGUUUUCCCCAUUCAUAUUUGGCACUUAAAUUGAGGAGACAUUCUCAUUCUUAAUAGUUUCUUUCAUACUCCUAUUUUGGUCAAUUGGCUCCUCAAAUUUGGAGGCUAUCUUCUCUGAGCCAAAUCAGGAGUUAGAUUAUGGCAAGAAGAUCAUAUAGAAAACCAGCACAAACUCAAAGGGACAAUGUUGGAUGUAUGUGGGGUUUGAUUGGUUUGUUUGAUUUCUGCCAGGGCCAUUCAACUCAGAAGUUAAUGUCGGAUAAGAAGCUCAAAAGCACUAGAGUGGCUGGUACUGGACCCUCGGGAGCUAUACUUGAUUUACUUGAAAGUUCUCUGAACAAACAUGAAGGUGGUAGUCUUGCUGAUGAAAUCAGAGAAGAUCAGGCCAAUUUGGAUAUCACCAGUGUGAAAACUCUUACGGAGGAAGCAAUGUCUCAGCAUCCACAAAAGAAGUUUUCAAAUGAUGAAGCUUCACGAGCAGCAUCUAACAUGAAAAAUGAUGUUUGUCCAAAAAAGAAUUAUAAACAAAGAAGUAAAAGCUUGAAGUUAAUUUCAGAUGCUUAUGCAAACAAUCUAGCUGCUUCUGCAAGCUUAAAUGGUCGUCAGUCUAACAGUAUGGAUCUAACUGAAAGAUCUUUCUGUAACUUUGACAUGGCUGCACUUUUGACAUGGUACUAUGGUUAUACAUGCCAACAAAUGAAUGCUGAUUCUAGUGAUCAGUUUGACUUGUGGCAUGCCUCAGGAAGUAUUGGUCCAAAGAUUCAUAAUCACCUUGAUGACCUUGAUGAUCAUCUUGAUCAAAAGAUCUCUUUCUUUCAGAAGACCCUAGCAGAUGUUGCCCUGGCUAUUAAAAUUCAGAAGUCAAUGGUUGAGAAGCAACUUCAUGGACAAUGGGCUGGCCAUCUUAAGGAAUUCAUGGAUGCAUUAGAUACUCUGAAUUUAGAUAAGGAGUUAUCUCUGUCGUUUCUUCAAGAUCCAGAUUCUCUUUUGCUUGAACAUAUUCAAAAUUUUCACAGUAAUCAGGCAGGGAAACUAUUUAGUUUGGGAUCAGAUAAAUAUUCAGAGGAUAUUCAAUUGUUAGGGGAGGAGAACAAUAGUUCAGGGAUAUCCAAGGAAUCAGACACUAAGCAAUUGUUUCACAAACAAAACAGAUACAAUUAUUUCUGGAAAAAGGGAAAGUCAAGGGGGAUAAAGUCAUCAAAGGAAAGUUCAAAUUCCAAGGCAUUAUUCAGAAUAGUAGUUCUGAAGCCAAGCUCAGCAAUAAUUCAAAAUUCUUCUGUCAUAGUACCUCCAGGCUCUCCACCUCAAUCUCAUCAUAUGCUUAGGCAAGACAAAGAUGGUGAAAGAAUUCUAUCUGAAUUUUCCCUUAGAGAAGUAAAACGAAGGAUCCAGCAUAUGAUUGGCAAGAGUAGAAAAGAACAACAUGUUAUCUCCAUGGAUGGUAUUCUACACAGAACUCCGGUUUGCUCGAAUGACACAGGUGACUCAUGUAAAUUGAUACAUAAUGAGAGUGUAGUAGCGAGCUCAGCAAUCAGUUCUUGUAAUGCCAAAAAGGUAUCUGAAUAUUUGCCCCAUGAUGAGAGAAAAGAUAAGAAAAUCUAUUCAGAAAGUGAAAUUAAGAUCAGCAGUCAUAUUUCCUCUUCGAAGCAUCAAUCUUUGAUAUGUGAGGAAGCCAAAAAGCAUCUUGCUGAGAUGCUAGACACUACAGUCGAUAGUCUACCAGUGAUCCAAGCCUCAGAAUCUUUGGGGAGAGUACUCUCUCUUUCAAGAUGCAAUGACUUACGUCCUAGAUCAAGUCCUCAAAGAGAUAAGGAGCUUGUCAUGUCACCUGAAGAAACCGCAGAUACCUCACAUGUGUUCAAGCAAGAAGGUGCUGCCAAUAACUUAAGCCCCGAGAGACCAAACUUGGAGUUCUCAUCUUGCUCCUUGAGCAUUCCAGGUGAUGAAUCAAAUUUGCUCAUCCUAAAAACAGAAGUGGUUGAUACCAAUAUUUCAGAGCCAUCAUGCCUUACAGAAGACCUGAACAACAAAGUAGUUGCUGCAGAUAAAAGUGAAGAAGAAGAAGAAGAAGAAGAAGCAAUACAAGGACUGGGUUCAUCCGAAGGAAAUUUACUAGCAUUGACAGAGUCCACUCUCCCACCAAGCUCCUUAACCAGAGAAAAUUCAGUGGCUCCAGAAAGCACCAGCACCAAUGAAAAACUAGAGCAACCAAGUCCAGUAUCUGUUCUCGAAACACUCUUUUCAGAAUAUUCUACCACUGCUGAGUCUACUACAGUGGAGCACUAUGACAUUGAAGCACAACAUCGACAAGUUACUCAUGAAGAUUAUGACAACUAUUCAAGAAUUAUAGCAUCACCAGAUGUAAGCUACAGUUUAAGAGAUCAUCUUCAUGACAAGCAAGCUAGGUUCGAUUAUGUUAAAGUAGUCUUGGAAGCCUCAGGCCUUGCUAAUGAAUUCUCAGAGAGAUGGGAUACGGCAGAUCAGUUACUUGAUCCAUCUUUGUUUGAUGAAAUAGGGAUCUUCUUUUGCUUCCUACAAGAUGAUCCUAAGCUUCUCUUUGAUUGCAUGAAUGAAGUCCUUGUAGAGACACAGGAAAGGUUUUCGAAGCAUACCCAAUGGCUGUCUCUCAUCCAACCAAAUCUCCUGCCUACCCCUUCAAGGGCAAGCUUAAUCCAAGAAGUUAGCAACUGUCUCGAGAGGCAUCUUCAUAUACAGCUGCCAAACACAUUAGAUCAAGCAAUAAGAAAGGAAUUGGAAGACAGAGGUUGGAUGGACCUUCGAUUCGAAUCCGAGAAUAUCGCAAUUCUGAUAUGUGAAUCCUUGUUAGAUGAUAUAAUGGAAGAAACUGUUCGCAACUUCGGGUUUUGAACUCCAAAUUCUCUGGUAUUCAUCUUUCCAUUGUUUGCACAAUGACAUGCAGUGUGAUCUCUUAGGAUUGGAGAUUCAAUUCAUGGUCUCUGCUAACUCUAUUUUUUUUCUUCAUGUAGUUUCUGAGUUUGGAUAUGUGUAAUAUUGUACA